UUUUUCCCCUUAUUUGAGCCUGGGGCUGGACCCUUCAGCAUUAAAAGUUUCUUCAGAAACUGGUUUUCACGAGAAGCCAGCCCUGGCUUUGCAGCGUUUUGUGGCGUGCUCUCCUCCCACACGAGCUGGGCAGUGACUCAUCUUCCUCUGAGGACUCGGUUAAAGGAGCACCAGCGAUCUCAAGGCAAUGUGUGUCCCCUCCUGAUGGGAGACAGGGAUCUGCUCAGUGUCCCGCUCUGGUCUGUGGACCCUGACGGUGUUUCUUCUGUGUCUGCUGGGGAGUGAGAGUGAGCUGGGCUGCGUUGGGUUAAUACUCUGAGUGCCUCUGCAUGGGUAGGGAGGAAUAUUUAACCUGUCUGCUUUGGGGGAGGAAGUUAAGGCUGUAAUUACUCAUUUGAAUAAAACCUCUUCUGCCUUCUGCAAACCAGCCGGUUAAAACUGAGUCAAAUCAGAUCGGGUUGGUAGCUGUCAGCUGUGCCAUGGCUUUCGGAUGGGGCUUGUGAAAGUGUGCUUAAGUGGGAGCUAGGGCAAAAAAAAAUACGUGCCAGGCUGAGAUUGGGUAGCUCUGGGAGCCAUGUGUUGGCAUUGCAUGGGUUGGACAGCCAUCCCUCCAGCAUCAUGUACUCCGCGGAGCGAGGAAGGCCUGUCAGGUGCUGGAGGUGUUGGCAGAUGUCUGCCUGAGAUCAUGCUUGUCUGUAAACAGAUCAGGUGGAAGAUCUCACAACAGGGUUUUGAAUAACAAAGGCAUGAAGCACAAAAAUAGGUUCUUCAUAAGGCAAGAAUUUGCCUCGGGUCAGUUAGUUUUUCACUAGAUGUUUGUUUCCUGAAUCCCAAUGUACUUAAGACAAAAUAACUGGAUAAUCUAGCCUCUUUUUCCAUUUAAUAGCUAACUGUGGAGAAGUGGCUGUCUCUGUGGCUAGAGGUGCACUCAGGAGUAAUUUUUAACCCACUGUUGCUGAGCCAAAGCGAAGUCAGUCUGGCCCAACUUCCUGUGGCUUGUGAAGGGAAAAUACUGAAAUAUCAAGUCACUGGGAGAGGAAUAAUCAGAGUUAAAGGUGGUUGUAAGUGGGUUUGUCUCCCUCAUGUGAUGUCUGAACGUGAAGGUGAGGGGGGGAAGCUGUCCGUCGAGCUGUGGCACAUCUUCCUCUGCUUGUGAAAGGGAGUGCGAGUCCAUGGCAGUACAUCAGCUAUGAGAGGAAGGGGACGCGCAUCUGGGGUGCAGGGUAAGGUCUGAGCACCCUAGCGUGAAUCUUCUUGGUCCAAUUAUGUCCACAAAUGAGGGCGAUCAGCUGAUGCUGCGGCUGGAGAAAAGACGUGCACAGUUGCAGCAGCCACAGGGGCCGUUUUGUGGGUGGGCGUUGGACACUGCUACAAGGGAGUUUCCUAAAACUAAGUUGUGUGGGAGGAAUUAAAUCCCACUUCUGUGGAAGGAGGAGUCCUGUAUGGGGUGUCCUAUUUUGAAAGUGUUUUGUGGGCAGUGGGUCUUAAGUGGUGCCCUUCUGUAUUUGAAUAUGAUGCAGGUAGCAAGUGAAUAAAUGCAGGAGGCAUCUAAAUAAUGAUAUUACGUUGGUGGGGACGUGUCUAGCUGCUGGGCAGGGUCUCAUCCCAUCCCAUAGGACUGAUCUCUCCCAGAGCUGGAUGCAGCAGCCCCAGGUGGAGAGCUGUCUGCGUCACGGUUCCUCCUCGCAGCUGGAGAUGCUGGGAAACCGAUCCGGAUGGCGUCUGCCCCAGUUCCUGCAGAAAUGGCUCUGCUCGCUGCCGACUCUUUCCUAACCAUAGCUACAAGGGGGUGGUUCCCCCUUUGGGUAACCUCCCGGUUAUGUCUCUUGGGAAUACAUGCCGUCAGCCCAAAGCAUCGGGACCUGCUGACGUGACUUCUGAGCUCCGAUUUUCCCGGUGGCUCCAUGUCCCAGCUCCAGAGCUCCUGGGAAAUGCACCAGCAGAGCAUGGCAUAUCUUCCAGACACAGGAGAAGCAUGAAGAGGAAAGCGAUGUUCACGUGCCCAUUCAAUGGUGACUGCAAAAUCACCAAGGACAACCGGCGCCACUGCCAGGCGUGUCGGCUGAAGCGCUGUGUGGACAUCGGCAUGAUGAAAGAGUUCAUCCUGACGGACGAGGAGGUUCAGAGGAAGCGCGAGAUGAUAUUGAAGCGCAAGGAGGAGGAGGCACUCAAGGAGAGCCUGAAGCCCAAACUCUCGGAGGAGCAGCAGAAAGUCAUUGACAUCCUCCUUGAGGCUCAUCGCAAAACCUAUGACCCCACGUACGCUGACUUCACCAAGUUUCGGCCCCCCGUGAGAAGCAACCCCAGCAACAGGGGGGCAGCAAGGUCCUCCUCCAUCCUCACCCAGGACUUGUCGUCGGAGGACUCCAGUGACCUUUUUGGCUCCGAUGCCUUCAGCACGUUUCCAGAGUCUGUGGAGCCCCAGAUGUUUUCAAACCUGGUCCUCUCCGAGGAGAAUGACGAGAGCUCCUCCAUGAACAUCGACCUCUCCCACCUCUCCAUGCUCCCGCACUUGGCCGACCUGGUCAGCUACAGCAUACAGAAGGUGAUUGGCUUUGCCAAAAUGAUCCCGGGAUUCAGGGACCUGGCAGCAGAGGACCAGAUCGUCCUGCUGAAAUCCAGCGCCAUCGAGGUGAUCAUGCUGCGCUCGAACCAGUCCUUCACCCUCGAGGACAUGACGUGGACCUGCGGCAGCAAUGACUUCAAGUACAGGAUCAGCGAUGUCACCCAAGCUGGCCACAGCAUGGACCUGCUCGAGCCGCUCGUGAAAUUCCAGGUUGGCUUGAAGAAGCUGAACCUUCACGAAGAAGAGCACGUGCUCCUCAUGGCCAUCUGCAUCCUGUCCCCAGAUCGCCCAGGCGUGCAGGACACCUCGCUGGUGGAAUCCCUCCAGGAUCGUCUCUCGGAGAUCCUCCAGACCUACAUCCGCUGCAGGCACCCUCCUCCCGGCAGCCGCCUGCUCUACGCCAAGAUGAUCCAGAAGCUGGCCGACCUACGGAGCCUGAACGAGGAGCACUCCAAGCAGUACCGCUGCCUCUCCUUCCAGCCCGAGCACAGCAUGCAGCUCACGCCGCUGGUGCUCGAGGUCUUCGGCAACGAGAUAUCCUGACUCCGGCCGUGGGGCUGAGCACCCACCAGUAAAGGGAUAAGUCAGCCUGGCUUCCCCGAGGCAGCGAGCGGAGAGACGUGACGCUGGGCAGGAGUUUUGUACAUAGACGGUUUGGUUUCACACUACUGGAGGUCCUGCUUUGUCUCCUCAUCCACGGUGGCCGAGGUUUGCUCGCUGCGGAGCAGUGACAGACCCAGAUCCAUGUGGUUUCCCCCCAGUCCGUGAGCAGCUUUUCUGCUUCCCUGCCGUCUGCAAGAGCUGACUUAUCCCUUUAUGGAUGCUUUUGAGGCUGGGCUGCCUCGAAUCACUUCUUUCUUGACCUGAGAAAUUGGGCUGCUUGGAAGGAGAAGCGCUGAGGUGUUUUGGCGUGGGGAGGCGGACUCACGGCGUUGAUGAACCCUCGGCAACGUCUUCUGCUCCCCUCCUAAAAUCUGCAGCGCUCGAUCCCCCCCUUUCAAAAAGGGAGACGCCGACUGAAUUGCACCCCCCGAAGCCCUGCCGGGAAAUGCCGUGGGCUGUGUCCCCGCGCGCGUGACCGGCUAAAACCACUCCCGUGAGCCCCUGCGGGACUGGGACCAGACCAGAGACGUCUGUGUCAGCCCCGAGAGUGGAAAUUUGUCCUCGGCCCUCAAAGGAAACAGCCGGACGAGCUGUAAUUUGCGUUCCCGACACUACUGCCUGGCUUCGGGGGAGCAGGGUUGUCUCGGGGUGACACCGCGCUCUCGGAGCUGAACCCCUUUUCCCGCGGUUCUCGGGCACGACCCCCGCAACCUGUGAUGGCGUCGCGGUAACGACCGCCAUCCCAGUUCGGCUUCGGCACCUUGCGACGUCCUGUGCCACGCUGGAACCGGGUGCCGGAGGCUGCUCGGUGCCACCGUCCCCGCUCGGUGCCGGCGGAGCAGCCCCCCCCGGGGAGGAGGGGGGGGGGGGUCCUGGGUGUCCCCCCUAGCCCCGCUCUGGGCCCUGCACCGUGUCUGGGAAGGGUCCCAGCUCGCUGCCGGGUGCUGCUCCUCCUCGCAAAUAAACUCUUGCUUGGGAA